UUGAUUUAGGCUCAAAAUGUCUAAUUAUUACUUAUGAGAUUGCAAAAAAAUUUGGUUUCAUAAAAGAUAAAAGUUUAUCCAAUAUUACCGAUAAAGCAGUAUUUAAUAUUGUUAAGCAAGUAUUAG